CUUUGGGGAGCCUGGCCGCUGGGAUGCUUUCCACGGGUGUCCCCUUCCCUGCCUCCCCACCGUCCCAGCAAGCCUGGCCGCCUUCAUUCAGUACAGAGAAAAGGACAAAGUGCAGCAGGUGCGGGGGAGCGCUGUGCGGAUGGGGAGAGGUGCGUGCUCCAAAUGCCAACAUUAGAGAAGGCAGGUGGAGGUGGAAGGAGGAAGAACCGGGGAGCCGAGCCAGCCUUGGGUGGGGGUUCAGCCUUCGGAGAGCCCUGGCGGCAGGUGCACGGUGACGCCCGGAUUCCCGGGAGGCUCCCUGCCCGGCCUUCUUUCGGCUAAGCUGCGCAGCCGGACGGUCUGCCUGGCAGAGGAGGCUCGGUGCGCGCCGGAGAAGGAACCACAACAACCACGCGUGGCCAAAGCGGCGGCGCGCGAGAGGCGGCGCGCCCAGGGCGCAGCGCGGUGCGGCGUGUAAGGCCGGCAGGCUCAGCCGAGUGCUCGCCGCCGCCUCCCUCCGCCCUUCCGCCGGGGCCGCCUCCGCCUCCGCCUCCGCCUGCGAUGGCGGCGCUCGUGGCUGCGCCGACUGCGGCGCGCUCUCUGCCCCGGCCGAGCCCGGCCCGGCAGCGCUGAAGCGGCCUGGGGAGCGGCUGGCGCGGCCCAUGUCCUCCCAGGGGGCGGAGGAGACCGAGCCGCCCACCCGUCCUGCUGCGGCGGCGAGGGAGGCGGCUCCGGCGGCGGCCGCUCCGCAUUGUGCGCCGCGCGGCAGCGGCGGGAGCAGCAGCUUGGCGAGCGAGAGCGGGGGCCCGGCCCGGCGGGAGCCCCUUUUGCCGCCCCUCGCCCGCCAGCCCAGCCCCAUGAAGGAGCCUGGCGGCCCCGGGGCAGCGGACGGCGGCGGGGACGGAGCAGCAGCCGCCGCCGCCUCUUCUUCUCCGGAGGGCACAGGAGGGGCCGCCGCCCCCGCCGCGGCGGCUCAGGUUGAGGGCGGCAGCAAUGGCAGCAGCGGCAGCAGUGGCAGCAAUGUUGGGACAAGAGCCUCUGUGGGCAGAGAGCGUUUGAAGAGGACCCAGAAGAUUAUGAAAGCAGAAGGUUGUGAUUCAGCCACGCCUCAAGCAUCGCCCAGUAAGGAUGCAGCAGCAAUGACCGAGGUGAAGGUGAAAACGGAAGUCCCGGAUGACUACAUUCAGCAGGUGGUCUGGCAGGAUGACCCAAAAGAGCCGAAGAAGAAAGGUGGCGGGGUAGCCGAGGUGCCUGCCGAAAUUUGUGUGGUGAUUGGUGGGGUCCGCAACCAGCAGACUCUCGGUAAGCUAGGAUCAUAUGAGUGCGGAAUAUGUGGAAAGAAAUAUAAGUACUACAAUUGUUUCCAGACCCACGUUCGAGCGCACAGAGACACAGAAGCGGCAUCGGGCGAAGGAACCUCCCCGGGGAAUAACUUUAGGUACACGUGUGACAUUUGUGGGAAGAAGUACAAAUACUACAGUUGCUUCCAAGAGCACAGAGACCUGCAUGCGGUGGAUGACCCCUACGACCAAGCAAUGAUUGCCAAGGAGGAGGUGAAAGAAGAGGAGCCCGAGCCCUUUCAGAAGAUUGGUCCAAGUACGAUUGACCGAGUUUGCAACUUAAAAACGGGCAACUAUACCUGCGAAUUCUGUGGCAAGCAGUACAAGUACUACACGCCAUAUCAGGAACACGUGGCCCUUCACGCACCGAUCAAGUACUCUCGAUCUCCACUCUUCGUGGCUGUGAAGACCCAGGCGAGCCAAUCGGGCAAAAAAACGCCGACGGCGCCCAUAAUCCGGUGCUCCACCCUCCUCCACCGCACUCCCUCCGGUAUCCCACCGGCGGCAUCUCCGUCACAGACGUUCCGCGCUCCAAAUUCUGGAUCCCCAGGAAGCAAGGCCACCACAGCAGAAAGCGCUUUCAGUCGACGAGUGGAAAACAAACUGCAAAACAACUAUGAAGAAACUAACAGCAGCUCCCAGAACUCCAGUGAAACUGCCAGUCCUUUGGUUUCAAAUCCUUUACCGCUUUUACAAAAGCCAUACACCUGUGGGGCCUGUGGCAUCCAGUUCCAGUUCUACAACAAUCUCCUUGAGCACAUGCAGUCUCACGCAGCUGACAAUGAAAACAACAUUGCCUCAAACCAGCCCAGGUCACCUCCAGCUGUGGUGGAAGAGAAGUGGAAGCCGCAGCUACAGAGGAACAACUCUAACAACAUCUCAGCUGGCAGCUCCCUCCUUAACAGCCCCAUCCCGGAGAAGGAGCGGCAGAACAUAGCAGAGCGGCUGCUGAGGGUGAUGUGCGCUGAUCUGGGGACGCUGAGCGUGGUGAGCGGCAAAGAGUUUGUUAAACUGGCGCAAAGUCUUGUUGACAACGGUGCUCGCUAUGGCGCCUUCUCCGUUACGGAGAUCCUUGGCAACUUCAACACGCUAGCCCUCAAGCACUUGCCCCGGAUGUACAACCAGGUGAAAGUGAAGGUCACUUGCGCUCUUGGCAGCAACACCUGCUUGGGCAUUGGCGUCACCUGUCACUCGCAGAGCAUUGGCCCCGAUUCCUGCUACAUCCUGACGGCAUACCAGGCAGAAGGCAGCUGCAUCAAGAGUUACGUCUUGGGGAUCAAAGGGGUGGACAUUCGUGAUAACGGGGAUUUGGUCCACCACUGGGUGCAAAAUGUGCUUUCCGAGUUCGUUAUGUCUGAGAUCAGGACUGUGUACGUCACAGACUGCAAGGUGAACUCCUCUGCGUUUUCCAAGGCGGGCAUGUGUUUGCGUUGCUCUGCGUGUGCCUUGACCUCUGUAGUGCAGAGUGUGCUUAACAAACGCACCCUCCAAGCACGCAACAUGCACGAGGUCAUUGAGCUGCUGAAUGUCUGUGAGGACCUGGCGGGCUCUGCAGGGAUCUCCAAGGAGACCUUUGGCUCCCUGGAGGAGACCUCCCCUCCCCCUUGCUGGAACUCCAUCACGGACUCUCUGCUGCUUGUCCACGAACGCUACGAGCAGAUCUGCGAGUUUUAUAGCCGGGCCAAGAAGCUAAACCUUAUCCAGAACCUCAACAAGCACCUGCUGAGCAACCUAGCGGCCAUCCUGGCUCCGGUGAAACAAGCCGUCAUUGAACUGAGCAACGAGAGCCGGCCGACGUUGCAGCUGGUGCUGCCUACCUAUGUGAAACUGGAGAAACUCUUCACCUCAAAGGCCAAUGACGCGGGCAUUGUCAGCAAGUUGUGCCACCUUUUUCUGGAAGCCCUGAAGGAGAACUUCAAGGUGCACUCGGCUCACAAGGUGGCCAUGAUUCUGGACCCUCAGCAGAAACUACGGCCGGUCCCCCCUUACCAGCACGAGGAGAUCAUUGGCAAGGUGUGUGAGCUGAUCCACGAGGUGAAGGAAUCUUGGGCCGAGGAGCCCGAUUUCGAGCCCGCCUCAAAAAAAUCUCGGACCUCGAAUGAGAGCUCUCCGACUCGGGAGGAAGACCGGUCGGGCAAAAGCGAGGUCUAUGAUUACUUGCAAGAGCCCCUUUUUCAGGCAGCCCCUGACCUCUUCCAGUACUGGUCCUGUGUGACGCAGAAGCAUACCAAGCUGGCCAGACUGGCCUUCUGGCUCCUAGCAGUGCCCGCUGUGGGAGCCAGAAGCAACUGCGUCAACAUGUGCGAACAAGCCCUCCUGAUUAAGAGGCGGCGACUGCUGAGCCCUGAGGAUAUGAACAAGCUCAUGUUCUUGAAGUCCAACAUGCUUUAAAACAAGGAGGGGGGGUGCGGGAGGGAGCGGCGCCCUUCCAGAACACGUCCCCACCACACGCAAACACUGUUCCAAAUCCAGAAUCCACUGUGGACCUCAUUCGGAAACAUCCUGGGAAAUAAAAAGUGCUUUUAAUAUACAUGUUGAUACCUCUAUGAAUAUGUAUAUAAAAAGCUCAAUGGAAAGGAAUGCGGGUGAGAAGCACACCAAUGCUAGAAACACACUCCUUCCUUUAGAUUUCUGUGUGAAUUUGAUAAAACCUCAUGUUUUCAAGAGGGCAGGCCAGUUAGUCCGGGGGUCUUUAGGCAGCUGAGUUUCUAAAUUGACUUGAAUGGUUGUUUCAUUAUUACACUUUUCAUAAAUACCAACAGCCAACCUUCUGUUUCCUUCCCCUCUUUGGAGCCCUGAUGCCAGGGACAGCCAGCCUUGUUGAUCUCUGCCAGUUUUUGGGCUCACUGGAAGGCUCCUCCUAUGAGCCGCGUGUCCCUACAGGGGCACUCAAGGUUUCCUCUUGGCAUCAUAAAACAUGUCAUGUUUGCAGGCAGCUGUCUUUCAGAAACCUCCAAGUCAGGAAUGAAGACUUGAAGAAUUAAAAAGAAAAAAAAAUCCAGGAGAAAAAUGCUACCUGACUUUGAUACCAGUGACUUGACUACUCUUAAGGAAAAAAAGGGGGGUGAUUAAAACCUGAAAGAAUAUUUUGCAGAAAAGAAUGUUUAAUCCUGUUAAAAGUCCCCACUAGCCGCUCUGUUUAAACUGGGUGGCAUUUGGGUUUCUGUCCAUUGGCUUGGGAAGAGGCACAGGGGGGCUUUUUUGUGUCCCCUCGAAAUGCCGGCCAUAAAGCAUCGGUAGGAAUCUCUUCCCUGCCAGGCGGCCUGCUCCACACCUGUGCAUUUCCCGGCCUCCAGAGACAUUUUGCUAUGUAAGAACUUUUUUUGAUACUCUUGUCCAGUUUCCAUGUUCAGAGCAAUAGUUGAUUCGAGGCAGUUGUCCUUUGAGCAUCGCGUUUCUGGCUUCACUCUUGCUGGCGAGGAGGCAGAAGGUAAGCACAGAGUCGAGGUGCUGGGCUGCUGACACACCUGUUCCGGGGCCUGGUGGUUUCUCUUGGAUUGCACCUUGUGGUGGUGAUGAUGUUUUGGUUAGACAGACCCAAACUGCAGCAUCUGUCAGUUGGCGGCUAGUGGAGGCAGGAGGCAGUUUUCUCACAUGGUUGUUCUUUUCUUCUUCUUCUUCAAAGUAUUGUUGGCAAGAGGAAUGGAAGGGAUUUCUCAGUCUUGCCUGCUGCCCAUGGAGGUGCGCCUCAUCCUGCCAGCAGCAGAAGAGAUGAUGCUCCUUGCGGGGUGGGGCACACACCGCCUGGCCCUCAGUUGAGCCAUCCCGGUAUGGCUUAGGAGAGACCCAUCCCAUUUCUCUUUCCUUUCCUGCCCGCUCUCCUCCUGUCAGCCAGCCAGCCAGCUGUUGGGAGACCCCUGAAAGGGGCUUAGACUGUGACUCCAGCCCUGCUGCCCACUGGAGUGGAUCCCCCCCCCCAUUAGAGCCAAGGGUGAUCCACUGCUGCAUUUGCUGCCCCCCCCUUCAACACUGAGGGGAGGGGAAUGGUGUGGGUCGUUUCCCUCUUGAGGGCAGUUUGGGGGCUGCCCCGUUCCAUGUUGCACAUCUAAGCUUUAAAGACUGCAUUGGCCAGGUAGCGUCUCCACCAGGAGGUCACUGUGAUCUUUGGUGAGAUUUAGAUUAUUGUAACUCUGGUCUUACUAAGCUGUGUUGGUCACGCAGAUACCUGGACUGGGCCUGUCUUUGGAGGGUUUUUGAAUACUUUUCUCCUGCUGGUCUCUUCUUCAUGUUCCUUCCCUUCCUCCCCUGGACACUGGUGUCCCUGUGAGUAUAGGUUAACUCUUCGAAUGCUAUUAAAUUUAAACAGAAAUUUAAUCUCCCACGAACAAUUUUCCACUCUUUUAAAUCUGCCUUAGGUGUUCUCAUAGAUCUGGUUAUUACAAAUUUUCAUAAUUAAGAAAUGCACGCUCGGCACAAUAAAUACGAAGAUAAAGAGGAAUUCCAAUCUGAAUUUUUGGAAUUAUUUUAAAAUCCCUCAAUUCUGAUGUUUUUCAUUUUUUAAAAAUCCACAUGGCAGGAGAAUGAAAUGCAGGGCAGUUGCUCACAGGCAUCAUUAUGUUUGGGGGUGGACAGGUAUGGCCUCCUCUUGUCAUGAAUGCUGAGACUUCAGGGAUGCGGUGGGGGGGGGGAAGAGAAUAGGAGCAGUUGGGUGUACAAGGAAGCCCCCAAGUGGAACUCUCAAGCUAAUUGCUAGAACAGCAAUGGUGGGGAUGCGACAACUUCACAAGCAACAGGAAUGUCAGGGUAGGAGAAUAUCCAGACAAAUCUUGUGCCUAUUGAGGAAGAAGCUGGGACAAAGCCAGAAUCUUGGGCAAUGGUGUGGGAAACCCUUAAGGUUGUAGACAAAUUAGCUCCACUGUCGCCUUUGCGAAGCUGGCUUGGGAGUCGGGGUGGGGAGUUGUUUCGGUCCCAUUGCCAGCUUCUCUGACUAGUGAGGAAGCCUUCCUCCUAAGGAGUGGCCCCACUUUCAGCAGUCAUGGUUGCAGGGCUUGGUUGGGGUCCGAAGAGGAGGAGCUGAAUACCCAGAGAAGUGGCUUCAGAAGGCCCCUGGUGCUCCCUGCUCUGUAGGGCUGGCUGGCCACAUCUAUAUCUCUCCUGUCGUGGCUUAGGCUCCUGUGCACCACACGCCACUGCGAAGAGGGAGGCUGCCUCAACAGUGCCCUGAACAGCCAGUGGAGGGUGCCCAUCUCUGCUUCUCAAAAUAGGUGAGUCCAUGUCACCCUGAAGGACUUAGGAGAGGUGGCAGGUGAUCCCUGAGAAGUCAUGUCCCCUUUUUCUCGCCCUCAGGCAGACAAUUUCCAGGGUGAUGAGUUUUUUUUAAGUACAGACAUUUUCUAGGACGGAAAAUGAUCACUCCUAAGAGAACCAUCAAGGAGCUGAAGAGUGCUUACCUCAGCAAUCGCCCACUCGAGGGCUGAAGCUGCUGGGAGAGGGGAGAAUCUCAGUGGGGCCAGAGGGUAGGAGGGUGAAGAACUUCCUUGGGUUCUGGAAAAGGCUUGAAACAGUUCUUGUGGGCACUGGUUCAAAGGAUUAGGGGAGGCCGCCUCCUGACCGGUCAGCGGAUGGAUCCAAUGCCAGCUUGGAUAAAUGACCCCUCUCCACAUUUUCUACCUCUUUGGUGUUUCUUGAGAGCUUCCUCUGUCUGCCAACUGCCAACUGUUGUCACAAGUAGGGGGUUUGGUCUUUGGCCACUUGGAUAGUCAACCCAUGGUUGAUAAUUUCUAUGGUGUGGAGGUUAAAACUGCGGCGAAUGUCAGCAGGAACCAAAGCCAACAGCAAUCAGACAGCCUGUCGGACCCCUUCCCGCUCGUGAAUUGGGAUGGUGGUGCGGAAAGGCCUGACGAGGCCCGGCAUGGGGGAAGAGCACGUGCGUUGCACAUGUCUUGGGUAGCUUGGUGUUCCUGGCAAUAUGAGAUGCUUCCAAGACUGCAUCUUGCUACCUUGGAGAGUUGCAUAAAUCUAAAUGUCAUCUUAAAGAAGAGAUAACAGAAAAAAUUAAAAAGUAUAUACAAAAAAUAUUUUUAGGCCAGAGUUUUCUACAGGUAUUAAUGAAUAUUUUUCUUAAUCCUCAUAAGUUUUACUGUGUUUAAUAUUUCUUAAUACCGGUAGCAUUAAUUUAUACUUUUGUAGCAACACACUAUUUUUAUAAAACGCCACCACUUGGCUUGUCUUCGUGAGGGGGGGGGAUUGUGUGAGGGCAAUGUGCUGACCCAUGUACUGUAUUUAAAAAGAGAAAAGUUAUCUACUGUCACGCUUGCUGUGUGUUAAUAAACAAAAAGGAAACUUG